CCAUAAGCCCCCGCGCAGGUGUGUCACUGAUCUCCGUCAAAUCCCACGCUGAUUUAUUCCACUGUUUUAUUCAGCUCGUUCUCAUAAUGCCAUUCAGAGAUAUGAACCUUUUACAGUGAUCCGGUUUGUUUUCAUGAAGCAGCUCGGAUUGGUCUUUAGCUAAUCGGUUGUACAGACAACAAUAUCCUGAGUGAUAGUGUCUCUGAGCCCUUAAAGAAUGUUUAAAUAAAGAUAAACCUGAAAGUUUAACGUCCAAAUCGUGAUAUCGCUGAACAGAGACUGAACACGGAACGCUCUCGGCGUUCACCACUUGUUUCCUGCCGGAUUUAUUUUGAGGCUGUACCUCAGUCAGAGAAUGCGUGAAUGCGUGUCUUUGCCUGUAGUUUUACUGAGUUUAUUACAUAUUAGGUUCGAUAUCGAAAUAUUUAGUAAGUAAACAUGUCUGCUCUUUAUAAGCGGUUAUGUGAAGCUCGUUGGCGCUGCAGAGCUGCUUUUCCUCUCCGACGAGCCCGGCGGUGUAAGGCUGCUGCGGUUCCAUUUGUCCAGCCCGAGUUUCUGAGAGGAUCUCCACACCGUAAACAUCCUGGAGUGACCAACCUGAAAACCCUCAGACUUCCAGAGGAACUGAAGAAUGGGGCACUGUCUGUCAUCUACAAGUCGGAGGUGAAGGAUCUGUUGGAAAGAGCAAACAAGCUGACAAACUUCCUGUGGAGCAGGAAACGAGCAGUGGAGAACCAUGAGCUGAGAGAGAAAGCAAUUGCUCUGGAGAAGAAGUGGCGAGAGAAGGCAGAGGAGCGAGUGAGCGAUGAAAACCACGUCUCCUUUGAAACUCAAAUCAGGAAGAAAGUUUUAUCCGAGCUGAAGAGGACGACGUACCACUGGACACCUUUAAAGUACGACACUGAUCUCGGGGUGGUCUACAUGGUUGCUAGAUUAGCAGGUGGUUAUGCUGCAGUGAUGAGGGCUCUUAAUGAGAUAAAGAAGAGAGACUCUUCCUUCACUCCUUGCUCACUGCUGGACUUCGGCUCUGGACUCGGCACGGCUCUGUGGGCUGCACACACACACUGGGGUGACUCUCUGAGGGAGUAUGUGUGUGUCGACUCCUCUGCAGCCAUGAACAGUCUGGCUGAGACACUUCUCACAGGAGGCAGUGAAGGAGAUGAGCCAGUCAUCAAACAUGUUUACUUCCGUCAGUUUCUUCCUGUUUCUCCAAAGGUUCAGUCUGAUUUGGUUCUUGCUGCUUUCUCUUUAUCGGAGUUAUCCACUCAGGAAGCGCGAGAGGAGACGGUGCUCACACUGUGGAGGAAAACACACUCCUACCUGGUUUUAGUGGAAAACGGAACAAAAGAAGGACAUCAGAUCCUCAUGGAGGCUAAAGACGUCUUACUGAAGAGAGAAGACAAACAGAGUCGUGGUGUUCAGAGGCCCGUGGUGUUUGCUCCUUGCACUCAUCAGCAGCCAUGUCCUAAAUUGCUGAAGGAGCCAAUCACACCCUGCAACUUCCUACAGCCCUACUACCCACUUCCUGUGUCUGGGAACAGUGAUCCUGUGCAGGAGAAGUUCAGUUUCCUGGUUGUGUCUCGAUCAGAGGCGCAGGAUUCCGCAGGGUUGCAGUGGAGCAGAAUCGUUUCUCCCGUCCACAGACGGCCGAGACAGGUGCAGUGUCGGAUCUGCUGCUCGAACGGGGAACUCGAACAGCUCACCAUUACUGCACGGCAUCACGGGAGAGACGCGUACCGCUGUGCUCGGAGCAGCGACUGGGGCGACCGACUGCCGAUCAUCCACACAGAGGAACACACACACGAGUGAACGAAAGAAACACACUGACUCUAAACGGUUCUGCUGGUUCCUGAUGGCCUGCAGUGGUACUGAGUGAAGGCUCCAGUGCUGUUCAACAGGAACCAGUAAAUCCCUAACGGAGAAGAUUCCGCCAUUCCGUGAUGGAAACAGAUUUUCACACUGCAUCGUAAUUUGCUGAAGUACAUCAAGUCGACAUUCAUGACUUACCCAGAAUGCUUUGCUGCACUAAACAUGGUGGAUGAAUGUUUAUAAACGUUAACAAUAAAACCCUUAAUAUUUCAGAAA